AUGGGGCUACGGCACCUCAUAGCGGGGCCCACGCUGCUGGUCAGCGUGGCUCUACUAUCUGCCUUUUGUUUAUCCACAGUCCUAUCAGGUUGCUACUUCAUGCUGAAGCACUACGAGAACGGCGAGCAGAUCGAGACGAACGAGGCGUGCCUGAACUGCACGUGCGUGAGCAGCAUGCUCAUGUGCUACCUGCGCGUCUGUCCCUACGUCAAGCAGCUGGGCGACGACUGCACGGUGACCAAGCGGCCCGGCGAGUGCUGCCCGGACAUCGCCUGCCCGGCCGGUACGUCCGCCGAGCGGCCAGACACUUUGGGGGCGCAUGGUACGGACCACGAGCACGUAUCUUCUUCGACUAACCUAGGUGGAUCCCCACCCACCCCCGACCUCUUCCCUUGCACGCACGAAACCCCUGAGAGCGGUGGCAAAAAGGCGGACAGCCGUCCCUCCCCACCCCCCUCCAAAUUACCCAUUUUCCCCACUUUCUCCCCCUCGGCACCCAGCACCUUCUUGCACCUGGGGGAGUAG